UGACGUAACGUUUGUCAUUGACCUAGCACUUGACAACGCGUAUAGCCUCAAAAAUAUUCAAAAAAUAUCAAAACAAACGUAAAAAUACAUAAAGAAAACAUGUGGUUCUUUUACUUAAUAACUAUUAUAUCACUAGUAGUGCAAGUUGUAUUUGCCACAUUAGCUUUAGCGGCAGGGCUUUACUACUUAGCUGAGCUGGUGGAAGAGUACACAGUUAUGGCCAAAUACGUGAUCUCAUGGACAGUUGCAAUAGUCACACUCAUCCACAUCGGCCUGCUAGUAUUUGAAGACCUGCCCCUCCACAUGGACAUCCUAGGCAUCAUACAGCAAGCGCUGCAUGCGCUCCUCCUUAGAGAAUUCCCCGCGGUGCGGGUGGCCAGCGCACCUUUCAUUGCGGCAGUCGGAACGCUUAUAGCACACCACUAUUAUGCGAUGAAGUUCUUUGGAGCUGUGCAUUACGCGUUUUCUGAGGUGCUGGCAUAUUUCACGCUAUGCCUGUGGAUGGUGCCGUUCGCUCUGUUCGUGUCUCUAUCAGCUAACGACUACGUGCUGCCCACUACGGGGGAGAAACAACCGCUACUUAGUGACAACAACGUAGUGACGGACUACCUGUCUCGCAAGUCCAAGCGGUACUCUCUUCUCUCGUUCUUCAGCUUCGCCAAGGACUCUAUACUGCCGCAGCGGAGCAAGAAAGCUUUCUAGACCACUUUCUAAAAUGAUAGUAAUACAAGAACGUAGUGACGUACACCUGUCUCGCAAGUGUUAUGGUACUCGCUGCUCUCGUUCUUCAGCUUCGCCAAGGACUCUAUACUGCCGCAGCGGAGCAAGAAAGCUUUCUAGACCACUUUCUAAAAUGAUAGUAAUACACGAACGUAGUGACGUACACCUGUCUCGCAAGUGUUAUGGUACUCGCUGCUCUCGUUCUUCAGCUUCGCCAAGGACUCUAUACUGCCGCAGCGGAGCAAGAAAGCUUUCGAGACACUUUCUAAAAUGAUAGUAAUACAAGAACGUAGUGACGUACACCUGUCUCGCAAGUGUUAUGGUACUCGCUGCUCUCGUUCUUCAGCUUCGCCAAGGACUCUAUACUGCCGCAGCGGAGCAAGAAAGCUUUCUAGACCACUUUCUAAAAUGAUAGUAAUACACGAACGUAGUGACGUACACCUGUCUCGCAAGUGUUAUGGUACUCGCUGCUCUCGUUCUUCAGCUUCGCCAAGGACUCUAUACUGCCGCAGCGGAGCAAGAAAGCUUUCGAGACACUUUCUAAAAUGAUAGUAAUACAAGAACGUAGUGAGGUAUACCUGUCUCGCAAGUGUUAUGGUACUCGCUGCUCUCGUUCUUCAGUUUCGCCAAGGACUCUAUACUGCCGCAGCGGAGCAAGAAAGCUUUCGAGACCACUUUCUAAAAUGAUAGUAAUACAAGAACGUAGUGAGGUAUACCUGUCUCGCAAGUGUUAUGGUACUCGCUGCUCUCGUUCUUCAGCUUCGCCAAGGACUCUAUACUGCCGCAGCGGAGCAAGAAAGCUUUCGAGACCACUUUCUAAAAUGAUAGUAAUACAAGAACGUAGUGACGUACACCUGUCUCGCAAGUGUUAUGGUACUCGCUGCUCUCGUUCUUCAGCUUCGCCAAGGACUCUAUACUGCCGCAGCGGAGCAAGAAAGCUUUCGAGACCACUUUCUAAAAUGAUAGUAAUACAAGAACGUAGUGACGUACACCUGUCUCGCAAGUGUUAUGGUACUCGCUGCUCUCGUUUUUUAGCUUCGCCAAGGACUCUAUACCAGGGAUGUUGCGGAUGCCGAUUUUUUGACAUCCUUAGAUGCGGAUGCGGAUUUUUAAGGGCUCACAUCCGCGGAUGCGGAUGCGGAUGUCGAGAUUGGGCACAUAAAAAACGUCAAAUAUCACACUUUAGUAAUUUUUAUGAAAAAAAAACGAAACUUAGUAUUUGAACAAGACUAUAGUUGCCCCACAAUCGCAUUACAAUACUAAAGUCCAAAUAAAACAAACUUUUCACUUCUUGUCGCUGUCCGUCAUAGGCUAAAGUGCUCGAUCGACUAAUCACAAAAACGUAACGAGAUUCCUAUUGGCUAAUGACGAAAUUACCUAGCACUUACGCCGCCGCUAAGACGUUCCUGUACCUACCUGUUCCACAUCCGCAUCGAUUUUAUGCGGAUGCGGAUGUUGUAAAUAAUGCGGAAGUUCCGCGGUUGCGGAUGCGGAUGCGAAUAUUCGCAACAUCCCCGCUCUAUACUAGCCCAGCGGAGCAAGAUGCUUUCUAGAGUAUUCUAGACCAUUUUCAAUAUCAUGCGCUCCGAUUCCUCAUGAAACCUGUAUGUAUCUUGGUCUAUUUUUAUUGACAAAAUAAAAAAGACUAUCGUAAUGCAUCAAUGACGUUUUGCAUGAGUAAUGGAAUAAAAUCGCUUUUUAAUACUAUAAAGCAGUAACUUGAAUGUGGCAUAUUCUUGUGUCACACCUGGGCAAAGGACUGUCUCAUUUCAAACAUAGACAGAGAGAAUCAUACUAUCUUUGUCUUACACUAGUAUAUACUAGCACCCAAAAGAAAAGGAUGAGUAUAGUUUUAUAGGGUUCCGUACCAAAGGGUAAAAACGGGACCCUGUUACUAAGACUCCGCUGUCCGUCUGUCUGUCUGUCACCAGGCUGUAUCUCAUGAACCGUGAU